AUUGACACACGAGAAUCCCAACACAAAUGUACGAGUUGCGUUUACUUUGCGGUCUUUCAACGUUUUGUUUUCAUUUUCGGUCGUCGUUUUGACUUUCUAUCGUUUUGAGUUUUUUUUUAGUUGAAUGUAGUUGACAUUCGUUUUGAUUUUCCGCAAAAAUAAUUAUUGUGCUGCAUUCAUCUAAGUUUCGUGAACAUAAUUCAAUGGGUUUUGGAACAUUUUGCCAAUGUUGUCAAUGCGAUGUAAUGUGAUUAAAAUAGUUUUUUAUUCUCUGAUGGCACACAAACAACAUCCAUUACGAAUGUAUCGGACAUAGCUCGAACGAGUGAUAUGUAGUGUAAAUGGCAAUAACUGCGAAUAAGCCAUUGAGCUUUGUGAACUAUUGUUAUUGUUUGUCUGAUGUCAUCUCAAAAAAAAAACACUGAAUUGAACAAAAUGAUAAAAAGUGUGAUUAACGCCAUCAGAUGAUUUUGCGUUGAAUGAUUUAAAAAUAGCAACAAUUAUGCAGGAAAACAUGUUGAUUUGAAUAGGGAACCACUGCAAAGUGAGAUGAUUUACAUGCAGAACGCAAUGAAUUGAACGAAAAUUUAGAUUUUUAUUUAGAGAACAACAAAAAAACGUUUUUGAAAAUUCCUAGUUUUUGAUUUUGUGUUGAAUAAAUAAAUGAUGGAUGAUGAAUGUCGUGGCGUUCGGCAGCGUAAAAAACAAGCGGAUCCAACUUGUUGUCCUGUUUGUGGUAUAACAGUACGAGCACACGAGAUGGAGCAGCAUUAUUCCAUGGAAAUGGAUCGUUUAAACAAAUUAAGUGUUCAAAAAUAUCGUAAAUCCCAGACGAAAGAGAUGCCUUUAGCAACGACGGCCUAUGCACCGUCACCAUCACCAUCGCCUUCAGCUGCAUCGAGCACGGCGAAUGCUUCAAGUGACCCAAAGGAAUGCUGGACCACAUACCAACGAAUCAAAAACAAUCGAAGUGCUCGGCUCAAGUCGAAAAAUCGUAAACGCAGAGCCGAUGACCCGAUGUGUCCUGUUUGCAAUGAACGCAUUCCCGACGAUAUCAAUUUGCAUGUCGAACUUUGUUUACGUCGAAAUGAACGGAACAACGGAAGGUCAAGCGCAUCUAAUCACGACGACGACGAUGACGAUGAUGAUGACAUUAGCAUCGAUGUUGAAGGUGAAACGUACGAAGAGUACGAAUGGGCCGGCCAGACGCGAAUCCGUGCUUCAAGUAUGCUUGAAGGUGGUUACACGGCAGCAGGUCUACAAACCGCUUCCAUGAGCCAAAAUGACGAAGAUGAGGAUCUCAAUGUUGAUGGUGAUGAUUCGCAAAUCUACGGAGAGCCCCAAUACAGUGAACGUGAUAUUAUUUUGCCAAUGAUUGACAAUAAUAAGAAAGAAAAUGUGUAUUUAAGAAAUCUGGUGAUUGGUGAGACGUCCGGCGCAAGUGCAUCCAAUAAAAGUAUUUCAACACAGCCCGGUAACGGUCGGAAUGGAUUCAAUUCAGUGUCUGGCUUAGAGAAUGGUAGCGAUUCGGAACAACCGAUGACAAGCCGAUCAUUUGGAAACCAUUCCAUUGCUGAAACCGAAAUCAAAUGUGAAAGUACGGCAAGUAGCAGCCGAAUUACAAUCGAUUUAAAGGAUGGAUCCGUCAAGGAAGUAACUGUUCCUACAGUGACAAAUCAACCAUCAGUCGCAUCACUCUCUCAAAAUGAAACGGCUGCAUCACAAGUUAUCGAAGCGUUGAAAGAGAAAAUCCGCGAAUACGAAACAAUCAUUAAGAAUAAAAGUAAAUGCCUGAUUUGCAUGGAUGAAUUUCGAGUGCCGGUCGUUUCCAUUUGCUGUUGGCACGUUCAUUGUGAGGAAUGCUGGCUGAGGACGCUCGGCGCGAGAAAACUUUGUCCACAAUGUAAUAUGAUCACAUCACCAACUGAUUUACGAAAAAUUUACAUGUAACUCCAUUCAUAGCGAAAAGUGGAGAAAGAGUUUAAGUUUAACCAUUAGUCUUAGGAUUUAGACCAUCUUUUGUACAUAAUCAAUAAAAUGAUCCACAAAAUCAAUAGUUUUGGAAAAGAGA